AGUAACCAGCUCAAAGACUUAUCCCACAGUAUUCUCUUUGAAUUGACGUAAUGAGUUUUACCGAUAAAGUGGCGAUAGUGACCGGAGCGAGCUCUGGUCUCGGAGCCGCCGCGGCAUUCGCACUCGCGCGAGAGGGCGCUAAAAUCGCCCUUGUAGCCCGAAACGGUGACAAACUCAACCAGGUCGCUAAGAAAUGCGAAGAGUGUGGAUCUAAACCCCUCAUCAUCGUAGCAGAUAUCAGCAAAGACGAAGAAGCCAAAAACAUCGUUAAAACCACAGUGGAAUCCUUCGGACAGUUAGACAUCCUAAUUAACAACGCUGGAAUAGUCGGAAUUUCUUCUAUGUUAGACGAAGAGAUCAUCAAUUAUUAUGACCUAGUCGUUAAUACAAAUCUACGCGCUACAGUGCAUUUGACGUGCCUUUCCGCUCCUCAUCUGAUUAAGACGAAGGGUAAUGUGAUCAAUGUGUCAAGUGUAGCUGGGAUAAGGGUUCCAGGGAAAAACUACAUGUGUUAUGCCGUGUCGAAAGCUGGAGUGGAUCAUUUCACCCGCUGUGCUGCUUUGGACUUGGCUCAGUAUGGUGUGAGGGUGAACAGCAUCAAUCCAGGUCCGGUGAAUACUGACAUCGUGGUGAACGCGGGUGCGCCAAACCCUGAUAAAAUCUGGGAGACGUUCAAAUCCAAUACAGCCUUGAAGAAGAUAUCAGAGCCUGAGGAGGUAGCUGAUUUGAUUCUGUUUAUAGCCAGCGAUAGAGCGAGAAGUAUUACCGGCUCUUCUGUUGUAACUGACAAUGGUUUGCUCGUGGCUAUGUAG